CUUACGGGCGCACUGCCACGAUUCCUUAUGAAUCAUUAUGAAUCAUCCGAACGAUAACUUAUCCGGCAACGACUCAUCGGUCGUCCUGGCGGCAUUUCUAACAUGAAUUUCUGCACUCAGUUAGACUCAAUAGCCGGGCCCUUGUUCAUGUUACAACAGAUGGAGUUCUUAAAAGGUGUUGCCGAACUUCUUAAAGCAUGUAGCGAUCAGAUGAGCAAAGUCAUUUUUGCUAUACGUGCGGAGGAAGGGAAAGGUCGAUACGAGCAGGAAAAGGUUAUAUUUUAUACUAAGUAUCAUGACGGAAUCGGCAUAUCAGGUUGAAGAUACGAAGAGGGUCUUUCCGUUGAACGGCUCAAAGCAAACCACGACUACGAAAUUGUCCAUUCUUGACGCGUCUGUUGCGCGAUUUGCACCAUGCGGAGCGAUUUGGCUUUAUGAUCGAGCUGAAAGUGCCGACUCGCGUGAUCCUGGUAUAUUUAAACGACUGGAAAAAUCACUGAGGCAGACUCUGGAUGACUACCCUCACUUCGCAGGCCAGCUUCGAUGGGCGUCCAAGGAGCUCGUGGAAGGAGAUGUGAACCCUCGGUAUAUUGGCCGGCCAGUGGUCAUAUACGGUGGUCCGGAGGAUCCUGGAGUGGAAUUGGUUAUCGUAAGAGACAAUCGCGAGCUUAGCGAUGUAGUCCCGAGCCAAGAUGAGCGGUUAACUACGAAGCAAGUGUGGAAUGCGACAACCUUCCCCCAGAACGAUCUCCUCGCCAAAACGAAACUAGCAUUCUCGAGCUUGACCGAGUUCGAAGGCCUGCCAGCUGUUGCUGUCCAAUUAACGGGUUUCAAAUGUGGCGGGUUUGCGAUCAGCAUCAAGCUUACGCAUUGUCUCUCCGAUGCUAUGUGUCUCAUCCAGUUCGCUCAUGCCUGGGCAGCGCAAUCGAGAUAUCUAUUUGGAGGUAAUGGAUCUGUUACAGAAAAGCGCCAAAUACCACUGUUCGACCCCUCGCAGUUGGACCAACAUGCUCAUCUCACCCCAACAGGACCAGACCCUGAGAAGGUUAGAAUAGCGAGGGCUUUACCCAUGCACCGAUACGAUUGGUGGGCUAAAGACGCUCCGGGCUACCCCCCUUGGGCCGAAGCCUCAACACUGGGCACGAAGCCUCCACCGGAGGAACUGGCUCGGGUAGAAUUAAGCCCUUCCUCAUUUCCGCCUUGGCCGACGUGGGAUACGGCUGCUGCUGUGGAACCUGUGCAAAUCCGCUUCAAAGCGGAAACCAUCUCCGCGAUGAAGAAAGCCGCCGAGAAUAGCCUGCCGGAGUCCCUGAGUGGGCACCGUGUCUCCCGACUAGAUGCAACUUUAGCACAUAUCUGGAUCCUCAUAAACCGCGCACGACGGCUGGAGGAUUCUAAAGAACAAGUAUACAUCGACUUCACCCUUGGAGUGCGCAACCGCGUGACCCCGCCGCUGCCGGACAGCUUUGCAGGCUCUCCGAUCCUGUUAUGCUAUGUCGCGAAAUCUGGCUCCGAAGCGGCCACCUCACCAAUCGGUUCAAUUGCCGGCUCUAUAAGGCAGACUAUGUCUCUAUUCACUCCUGAUGCCGUGUCUGCUUAUAUCCACGAUGCAGCUUACGAGGUCAGCCCGCAACGCCUGUGGCAGUCUUUUCUUGGCUCCAAGCACACCCUCGUUACUUCGUGGGUACGAGCACAGGCCUACGAGGUAGACUUCUGUGGGACACACAGACCAGCUCGGUAUGUACAGGGUGUGAUGCCACGGAUGGACGGAAUCGUUCAGGUCAUGGAUAUUGCGGGCACGGGGGAUUUCGAUAUUAGCGUAUGUUUAGAGAAGGAAACCAUGCAACGGCUUCUUCGGGAUCCAAUGCUAAAGGCGUAUGGGUUUUGAUCGAGAAAAAUAAAAUGAGAAUAUAGAAGAUCCUAUAUCCUCUCCAAUUCGUUCCAGUGAAUCAUCUUUUUGUAGUGAAAUCGAAAAAAAGGGGGUGGGGUACGGGGCCAUUUCAACCCACGUUCUCGAGUAGCAUCAGAAUUGUCGUCAAGAAUUGUAAUAAAUCCCUUAAACCAGGUACAUCAGG